AUGUCGCUCUCGAAACAGGUAGAAAACCUCAAACUCGAAGCAGAGCAAAAAGUCACCCCUUGGGAGGUGGAAGGUGCUGUGGUCAACGGAGAAGCCGUUGCUAUUGACUAUGAAAAACUUAUUAAGCAGUUUGGUACUAGGCCCAUCAAUGAAGCUACUUUAGAUCGUUUCAAAGAGGUCACAGGAUACGAGCCCCACCAUUUUAUGCGGAAGGGACUUUUCUUUUCGGAACGUGACUUCAACAGGAUUUUGGACUUAUAUGAGCACGGAGAACCUUUCUUUCUAUACACAGGUAGAGGACCCUCCAGUGACUCUAUGCACUUAGGUCACAUGGUUCCAUUUAUUUUCACCAAAUGGCUUCAGCAGGUGUUUGAUGUGCCCCUUGUGAUAGAACUUACUGACGAUGAAAAGUUCCUCUUCAAGCAGAAAUUGACUAUCGAGGACGUCAAAAAGUUUGCCAAAGAUAACGCCAAGGACAUCAUCGCCGUGGGCUUCAAGCCGGAUAAUACCUUCAUCUUCUCGGAUCUCGAAUAUAUGAACCCGGCUUUUUACGAAACAAUCCUCCGAGUUUCUCGACAGAUCACCACUUCUACUGCCAAGGCUGUGUUUGGCUUCCAGGACUCCGAUUGUAUUGGUAAGAUUCACUUUGCUUCCAUUCAGAUCUCUACGGCUUUUCCUUCGUCCUUCCCUGACGUUUUGGGUCUUCCACCAAAGACUCCUGCUUUAAUUCCAUGUGCCAUCGAUCAAGAUCCGUACUUCCGUGUUUGUAGAGACGUGGCAGAGAAGUUGCACUUUAGUAAACCCGCCUUGAUUCAUUCCAGGUUCUUCCCUGCUUUGCAAGGUCCAACCACAAAGAUGAGUGCCUCAAAUGAGAACACUGCAAUCUUUAUGACGGACACCCCCAAGCAGAUCAAGAAAAAGGUCAAUAAGUACGCCUUUUCUGGAGGUAAAGCUACUUUAGAAGAGCAUAGAAAGUAUGGAGGUAAUCCUGAUAUCGAUGUGGCCUAUCAGUAUUUGUCCUUCUUCAAAGACGAUGACUCCGAGUUGAAGAACGUUUCCGACUCGUACAAAUCCGGUGAGCUGCUUUCGGGUGAGAUGAAGAAUCUCUGUAUCGAUGUUUUGCAACGGUUUGUUAAGGAGUUCCAAGAAAGACGCGCUAAAGUGGACCAGCCUACUUUGGAUGCCUUCAUGAAGCCUCAUAAGUUGAUUUGGGGACAGAAACCUCGCCGUGUGGCACCAAAGCCUAGAGAGACCAAGCAAUCCAAGAAAAAGAGUUAG